AUGGCUGGUCUGAACGUGUCCCUCUCCUUCUUCUUUGCAAUCUGUGCCCUCUGUGAGGUGGCCAGGAGGACAUCCAAGACCCUGCUCCCAGCAGGUGCUUAUGCCAGCUUUGCACGGGAGGUGGCAGGUGCAGCUCAGCUGGCAGCUUGCUGCCUGGAGAUGCGGGCACUGGUGGAGCUGGGCCCAUGGGCCGGAGGCUUUGGGCCCGACCUGCUGCUGACACUGGUCUUCCUGCUUUUCCUGGUGCAUGGGAUCACCUUUGAUGGUGCCUCGGCCAACCCUGCUGUGGCCCUGCAGGAGUUCCUCAUGGCAGAGGCAUCUCUGCCCAGCACGCUGCUGAAGCUGGCUGCCCAGGCACUGGGUGCACAGGCUGCCUGCUCCUUGACUCGGAGCCUGUGGGCCUGGGAGCUCAGUGACCUGCACCUGCUUCAAAGCCUCAUGGCUGCACACUGCAGCUCAGCCCUGCGGACAUCCGUGCCCCACGGCGCACUGGUGGAGGGCACCUGCGCCUUCGUCUUCCACCUGAGCCUCCUCCGCCUGCGGCACAGUCUUCCCAUCUACAGAGUGCUGGCUGUGGCCCUACUGGUCACUGUCAUAGCCUACACAGCUGGGCCUUACACAUCGGCCUUCUUCAACCCUGCCUUGGCUGCCUCUGUCACCUUUCAUUGCUCCGGGAACACCUUGCUGGAAUAUUGCCAGGUGUAUUGGCUGGGCCCUUUGACAGGAAUGGUCCUGGCUGUCUUUCUCCACCAGGGACACCUUCCCCGCCUUUUCCAGAGAAACCUGCUCUACCGGCAGAAGAACAAGUACCGAACCCCAAAAGGGAGGCUGGCCCCAGGCUCUGUGGACACCCAGAUGCCCACAAAGGCAUGUAGUGGCCAUGAGCUGGCACGAGCCAGGACAGCAGCUGCAAGGCUCCAGCUGAGCCACCUUACUCAGUGA